CGGGGCCGCGCGGGGCGCACGCGGCGGCCCGGGCGGCUCUGAGGGACCGGGACGGGGACAGGGACACAGCCGGGACACGGCCGGGAUAAGGAACAGCGGCAGGGACAGGGAUCCCAUGGAACGGCCGGGAUAGGGAUCCGUGGGUUUCCUGUUUGAGAGAAUGAUCAGAUUCAGUGAAGUGUGUGUGCAGAGCAGCUCCUGAAGAUAAUUGUUCCUGUCAGCAGAAUAAUUAAACAGGUUGCUGGCGAGAUGACGACAGUGGAGAAGGUGGAGCAGCAGCUGGCGGGGCUGCGCAUUGCCAGGCGCUGUGUGCCCAGCGAGGAACCCACCUACCUGCUGGACAUCCACACCUCCAGAGCUGCCCAGCCCGGGGGCAGCCCCUUGGUGGCCGUGUCCUGCUCCAAUGAGUCCCUCAGGGUGUACGACAGGGACACGCUGCGCCUCCUGCGCGAGUACGGCGGCCGCGGCGGGGUCCUGGCCGGGGUCAGGUUUGCACACACCUGUGACAGCCUGGUGUUCUCAGCCUGCAGCCAGGGCACGGUGAAGUGCUGGGACGUUCGCUCAGCCACACAGAAACCAGUGCAGGUGUUCAGUGGUUAUCCCUCCAACGUCUUCAUCAGCUUCGACGUCAGCUGCAGCGACCUCAUCGUUUGUGCCGGAACGGAGAAGGUUGAAAAGGACUCGUUUCUGGUGUUUUGGGAUGCAAGAGGCGUUACAGACUGUGCCAGUGCCACCAAAGAGCCCUUGGGAGUCUAUUCUGAAAGUCACAAUGAUGACAUCACCAAAAUCUGUUUUCAUCCUGUCGAACCCAAUUUGGUUGUGUCUGGGUCGACCGAUGGCUUGGUGAAUGUGUUUGACAUCAACAAGGACAAUGAAGAUGAUGCUUUGAUAUCCACUUGCAAUUCAGAUUCCUCAGUGAGUUCUCUUGGCUGGUCUGGAGAAGACUACAAGCAGGUCUAUUGCAUGACACACGAUGAGGGGUUCUGCUGGUGGGACAUGGCUCAGCUGGACACCGAGGAGCCAAUAACCCUGCUGCACGUUCUGGAUGUCAGAGAGUCAGUGUGUGCUGAAAACCACGGCCUGCAUUACCUGGUGGGAGGCUUCUACCAUGAGAAGGCAGGGAAACUCUUCCUGAUUGGGGGAACCUCCACAGGAGACAUCCACCUGAUCAGCUGCAGGGCUGAUGGCCUGAGCCUGGUGGCGACCCUGUGUGGGGGACACUCGGCCACCGUCCGCUCCUUCUGCUGGAGCCCCACGGAUGAGUCUCUGCUGACGGGUGGAGAGGAUGCUCAGCUGUUGCUAUGGAAACCUGGGGCUGUGGAAAGGUCCCUCACAAAGAAAGCAUCUCUGAAGAUCUCUUCUUCUGUGCAGAAGAGAGUGAGAGUUCACAACACCUCCCUCAAAAGCAGGAAAAAGUGAAUUGCCUGAAGUGAGAAUCUCUGCUGUGUAGAGCUUUCCUGGUGUUUAAUCUCUCUAGGCAAUACUUGGCCUUGUUUUAUUUGGAGGUUUUCUGUGGAAAAAAACUGUGGUGCUUAAAUUCCCCCUGGGAAUGUAUUUCAGUCAUCAGAAGAAUGCCUUUUAUUUUUUUUUAAGUUGCUAAUAUUAAUCAGACAAGAGUAAAUGUUUGCUCCUGAGUUCUUGAGCAACAGAUGCUAAAUCAUAUUAUAUAAAACUGUUUCUGUGGUUAUUUAAUGUCUCAGACAAUGUUUUAAAUGUGUAAUACAGGCCUAUGGCUUGCAAAGUUUGUUACCUUCCCAGUGAUAUUCCCCUGGCACAUUUUAACAGCUUUUGUAUUCCAUGCUGUAUUCUGCUUUCUUCACAGAAAACUUAAUGAAAUUGUUCAGUUUAGUAAAAGAUUUUAUGUCACAUCUUAAUGCCUGAAGGAAUUACUUCUUGAUGAAACAGAAAAUAAGUAGUUUUGCACUGUCACAUCACUGGUUUAGAACAAGCUCAUAAAGAAGCAGCUGAUAGAGCCAUCUUUUUCAUAGCAGAUAUGAAUGUAUUCAACCAAACAGCAGCUAAUUUGUAUGAGUAUGAGAACUGUUCAACUGGCAUUAUUUCCUGAAUGAAAAUACCCAAGAAUUUUGCAAGCAGCUUCAUUCUCUCCUCCUAAGUGCAGCUGGAAGACUGGGGAGAUCUUUGGUGGGUUGGAGAAAUUGAUGGGUCUAAUUACACCAGUGGUGCUUAAAAUCCCAAACACUGAUUUGAAAGAAACUGGUAUCACAUGCUGAGUGAUGAUGUUGAAACCCAAAAAUGAACACUGCCUUCAGAGUUAUGGAGGAACAGACUGAUAUGAGGAGACUUCACCAAACACUUUUAGAGGUUGGCUGGGUCCUUUAAGAAAAGUUUCUCUCAGCAGAGAGGUUUAUGCUUGGACAUCUCCCCAGGAGAGUUUUGUUUUAUUAUUCCACCAAAUACCCACUGAGUGGUGCAAAACCAGCCCUGUACUUGUAAAAUGGGUGAGACUUCAUGUUUAUUCUGCUUUGCUGGCAGACUCCAACCUGUGCUCCUGGCUCUGCACACACUCAUCUCCAGCCUUCCCAGGAGCACUGCAGGCAAAUGGUGUUGGUGUUUAGGCUGUAGUUACACAUGUGCACUACAACUGAAACCAGCAGCAGAGUAUUUAAAAAUUGCUCUCUUAUAGAUCAGCUGGCAAAGGAUUUAAGAGGGGUUGGGUUUAUUUUUUUCCCUUGAGGCUGGACGGGCAAUUCUUUCAGAACAACUCCUGAACAUCAGGUUUAGAAGAUUAUUCUGGAGUUUAGAGACAGUUUCUGAGGUACAGAACAUAUUCUAGUGUGUGGUUACAGCUGUACUGAAGAUGCCUGAAUCAUCUCUGGAACUGAAUCUUUUUCAACCACAAGUAUUGAGUUUCCACUUGAUUUUUCACAAACAGUUAAUACCCUUUAGCCACAACUGUGACUCCAUUGUUGGUUUGGGUUUGCCUUUUGGUGAUAAGUAAGAUGAUUCACUUGGUUUUGUUACUGCUGGUUAUUUAAAAGUGCAGCUUCAAUUUGAAAAUCACAGUUCUCUACACCUUUUUUUUGUCACUUGUGUUAAAUUCAUGUUGUCCCCACCAUCCUUAUCUGUUGCUUUCCAGAUUACAUUGUGCUGUUUUGAGACGAGGUGGGCACCGAGUGUCAGGGCUAUGAUGCACCUGGAUCAUGUGCCCUCUCAAGAUUUAUUAUCCCAGGUUUUUUGCCUGUUGUGUGAGGGGACCAAGAGCUUCAGACUCUGAAUUCACAGUAAAGCCCUCAUGGGGCUGACUUGGUUCAGUGCCAAAUUGAGGGUGGGGGACUGAAGGAUGAUUCUGAGACUUAUUUCAUUGCAGGUACCCAGUGUAUAACUUGUUUUUUAGAUGUUUAUCCGCUCUUUCCCUGGUAUUUUGACACAUUCAUUGGAGUGAAGUCGUUGGGUCUGUCUCAUGCUUGAUUUCUUGAAGACAGGUUUGUGUGCACGUAGAGAAAUGCACAGAGAGGGAGCUUGUGGUUGCCCCACUUGCUUUCAAGUGUCUGCUGAGUGAAAUUCCAGUGUGCUGUGCCAGCUGCCUCUGAAUUAAAGCAGCAGAGGUGGGAGUCUGGGACUGAAGAGUUUGCAGUAUGCAACCUGUGCCUGUUGUCUUGUUCCUGGAUGAGGUGGAUAUUGAUUUGUUCUGUAUCAGUCACAGCUGAAGCCAUUAUUUUCUCUGGGAAGCUGAUUUCUCCCUUUUACGUGCAUAACAGAAAUAGCAGCAGAAGGGAAAAAAUGUGUGUCUGUAUCUUAAAAUUCUGCAAAGGCACAGCAGCUGUCACGAGACUGAGGCUUGUGUUGCCUCUGAAAAUACUCAGUUUUGUUGUUCCUCUUUUUCUUUUGUGUUGACUUAAUUUCAGGUUAAUACCCACAAAAUAAGCAUAGAUGGAAACCACAUGUGAACAAGUAAUUAGCGCUGCUUGCUUCUGUAGGCUGCAGACACUGUUUCACAGACCACAGAGCAGAAUCCACGUGUGAUCACAUAAAUAAUAAUAGACUCAAAAUCAGGUUAAUGUGUCCAACAGUAUUUAAUCUCGGGUUAAUUUUGACAUCUCCAAGUUGGCUUCAGCAUUGGUAAGAAACUCUGAGUCAUGGAAUCACAGAAUGAUUUGGGUUGGAAGGGACCUUUAAAGGUCAUUUAGUCCAACCCCCCUGCAAGGAGAAGGGACAUCUUCAAUUCAACCAGGUUGCUUAGAGUCCCAUCCAAUCUGACCUUGAGUGUUUCCAGGGAUGGAGCAUCCACCACCUCUCUGGGCAACCUGUGCCAGUGUUUUACCACCCUCAUUGUAAAAGAAGUCUUCCUUAUGUAUUACCUGAAUCUACCCUCUCAGGCAAAACU